AUGUGGCUGCAUAUCCACGUGCGACAGGUUGUGCAAAAGGAGACCUCACGUAUCGUCAAUCAGGUCAGAUUUCUGUGCGAAUACGUCUCUCGUUCCUCUGCUCCCUGA